AUGCGCCUGGCAACAAGACAAUACAAACGCUAUGCUUCUACUGCUGCUGCAGCUCGGCAGCUCAAUGUGCCAAUCAAUUUCGGGACCACACCAUUGUUGCACAAGAAGCCGGACACUCUGACCUCCCUACCUGAGUUUUCCAAAGUCGGAACUACGAAGCGCAUGAACCUGUUCCAGUCUGUCAAUUCCGCAUUGCAGACAGCCUUGCGGUCAAACCCUCGGGUUCUGUGUUUCGGGGAAGAUGUUGGUUUUGGAGGUGUCUUUCGGUGCACUACUGGGCUUCAGGAGGAAUUUGGUGACGAGCGAGUCUUCAAUACUCCCCUAACGGAGCAGGGAAUUGUUGGAGCUGCCAUAGGUGCGGCGGCCGAGGGUAUGCGGCCUGUGGUAGAGAUUCAGUUCGCGGAUUACGUUUUCCCGGCCUUCGAUCAAAUUGUGAACGAGGCUUCGAAGUUUCGCUACCGAGAGGGAGCAACCGGGACCAAUCUUGGUGGUCUCGUGAUUCGCAUGCCAUGUGGCGGAGUAGGACAUGGGGCCUUGUACCAUUCGCAAUCUCCAGAAGCUCUAUUCUGCCACGUCCCUGGAUUUCGUGUGGUGAUGCCAAGAUCUCCUUCGCAAGCAAAGGGACUACUCUUGUCCGCCAUACUCGAAUCCGAAGAUCCAGUUAUUUUUAUGGAACCCAAGAUCCUCUAUCGUGCGGCGGUUGAAGAGGUUCCUGACGAAUACUACACUCUGCCGUUGGGUAAAGCUGAGGUUAUCACGCCUGGCUCUGAUCUUACCAUUAUUUCAUAUGGCCGACCAAUGUACACUUGCGCGGCGGCGAUCGAGGCCGCCAAGAAGAACAGGCCAGACCUAAGCGUGGAACUCAUUGAUCUGAGAUCCAUUUAUCCGUGGGAUAGGGAGACAGUGCUGCAGAGCGUGGCCAAGACUGGACGCGCCAUGGUCGUUCACGAAAGCAUGGUCAACUUCGGGGUUGGAGCCGAGAUUGCGGCAACAAUCCAAGAGAAGAUCUUCAUGCAACUGCAGGCCCCGGUGCGCAGAAUAGCGGGAUGGACCACUCACACCGGAUUGGCCUAUGAAAAGUACAUCCUUCCAGAUGUGGCAAGGAUAUACGACGGCAUUUUUGAGAUGGUAGACUACUAA